AACAGUAUUUUGUUGUUUCCAAUGAAGUUUCGCUAAAUAUUCCUAAUAUUUUGGUUACCACAUGAGUUACCCUUGACAAAACUCGAGACUGGAUAACUGGAUAACUUAUUUGGUUUUGUCAUGAUCAGAUCAGACUGAAGGGUUAGCUUUAUGCCUAGCUAGGCUAGCUGGCCAGCAUAGCCCAAUGUAACUAUUAACGUUAAAGUAGUUGAGUCAGAGAAGGUUAGAAAGUGGUUUUGGUUGAGUUCUUACAGAAUUAGCUAACUUCCAUACCGGUUGCAUUUAUUUUUCCUAUGCAACAUUUUGCUCAUAGAAAAUGGCCCAGCUCUUCUUUGGAAAGCCAGCCCCUACCUUUCAGUCUACACCAAAACCGGGUCAUCAUCCCUCAUCACCCAAGGACCCUGAACAAGGACAUGGGCCAGACCAGGACAUCCCUGAUGAGUCAUUUUCAUUUGUGACACUGGAUGAAAGCCAUGGACAGCAAAGUGAGGACUCCGGCAUCGACAUUUCAAACAUCUCCAAUAGACGUAACGUACACAACAGUACUUCCAGUGAGCUCCCAGGUGAGGAGACUACGACUGUUCUCAGUUCAACGAUAGAGGAGAUAGGGAAGAAGGCCCAGGAUCUGAUAGAGAGAAUAAACCAGAGCCGAGCCAUGGACCAGGAAAUCAUGACCACAUUCGAGAACAAGUUAAUGGAUAAGGUGAGUGAGGUGUGCCAGCAGGUGAAGGAGCAGAUGUUCAGCAGCUAUGAGGAGCAUGGCCGUGGAAUGGAGGCCAAUUUGCAAGAGCUGUCUGAGGUGCUGGAGAGGAGCAGUCAGCUCAGUAUGGAGCUGCAGGGAGCCAGUCAGACCUUAUCAGCCAUCAACAACAGCCUGCAACAGACAGCUGAGAACUGACAUCUACCCAGCCAUUAAUUUAUUUCAACUGCCUUACAGCAUCUCGACUUCUGGGAGGUCUAGAAUAAUUAAAGCAAUGCCUUAUUUGACUGUGGUAUAUGUCUAAAAGGAUAUAAAACAGUAGUUGUAAACUGAGGUGUUGGAAGCUUUUGUUUAUUAAAUGAUUUAUCACAUAACUAGUGUGGAUAUUUUUCAUACAUAUGACCAAAUAGCAUUAUA